AAUCCCUCUCCUCUGUUUUCCUCUGCUUAUUGCAAUCCAACAAAUUCAAAUAACUGAGAUUCCUCUUCUUCAACCUCUAUUUUCCUUUUUAGAGUUCUUUUUUGUUGUUCUGUUUCAUUCAUUUUUGCACUUUCUUGAAACUCCCAAAAUUGUGUUUUCAUUUCAUUUUUAGAGAGAGAGAGAGAGAAACAUGAAAGUAGCUUAACGACAGUUUAAGCUUUAAAGCACUGCCAAAGCUCCGGUUUUUCAUGGUUUCUUUUACUGAAAAAAAAAAAAACACAAGUUUUUUAUUUUAUAAUUCCCAACUCUCCUCUAAAACCUACCUUCUCAAGCAAAGCUGUAAAUCGUAACUGACCUCCUCUUUUCUCAAGAACUCUCUCUUGCUAUUUCCUUUUCGAAUUACGAGCCAAACAAACUCAAUUGUCCUGAAUCACAAGUUUUAAACACACCCAUCUCAUUUUGAAUCUCUGUUUUUCAGUUUCCGGGUUUUAUUUAAUUCGAGGGAAUAAUGACGCCUGCAAAGCGGAGUACAGAGGAAGCCAUGGUUUCCAGCUUCAAUCAAACGAUCCAACAAGAAGAUUACAGAGAAGAAGAACAGAGAGGAGAGAAAGAUGAAUCAAUGGGUGGAUUCAAGAGCUUUCUCUGGCAUGGUGGCUCUGUUUAUGAUGCUUGGUUCAGUUGUGCUUCGAAUCAGGUAGCUCAAGUUCUAUUGACUCUGCCAUACUCUUUCUCUCAAUUGGGGAUGGUUUCAGGGAUUAUUUUUCAGAUUUUCUACGGAAUUGUUGGGAGUUGGACGGCGUAUUUGAUUAGUGUUUUGUAUAUUGAAUAUAGAGGGAGGAAGGAGAAGGAGAAUGUUAGCUUCAAAAACCAUGUGAUCCAGUGGUUUGAAGUGCUUGAUGGUCUUCUUGGGCCUUACUGGAAAGCAGUUGGAUUGGCUUUUAAUUGUACUUUUCUUCUCUUUGGCACUGUCAUUCAACUUAUUGCUUGUGCAAGUAAUAUAUAUUACAUAAAUGACAAAUUAGACAAGAGGACAUGGACUUACAUAUUUGGGGCUUGUUGUGCCACUACUGUCUUCAUACCCUCUUUUCACAACUACAGAAUUUGGUCAUUUCUAGGCCUGGGAAUGACCACUUACACUGCCUGGUAUUUGACUGUUGCUGCUCUCGCUCACGGUCAGGUCGAGGGUGUGAAGCAUUCAGCCCCAACCGAGUUGGUUCUAUAUUUCACCGGUGCCACGAAUAUUCUUUACACAUUCGGUGGUCAUGCCGUCACCGUGGAAAUUAUGCAUGCAAUGUGGAAGCCUCAAAAGUUUAAGUACAUAUAUCUUGUGGCAACUCUAUAUGUAUUUACACUGACCCUCCCGUCGGCGGCCGCAGUGUAUUGGGCUUUUGGCGACCAACUUCUCACCCAUUCCAACGCCUUCUCUCUCCUCCCCCGCUCCCGGUGGCGCGACGCCGGCGUCAUUCUCAUGCUUAUUCACCAGUUCAUAACGUUUGGUUUUGCUUGUACACCACUCUACUUUGUGUGGGAGAAAGUAAUAGGAAUGCACGAGACUAAGAGCUUGUUUUUAAGGGCAAUAGUGAGGCUUCCGGUUGUUAUUCCCAUUUGGUUUUUAGCCAUUAUUUUCCCUUUCUUUGGCCCUAUCAACUCAGCUGUUGGUGCCCUUCUUGUUAGCUUCACUGUUUAUAUCAUCCCUUCCCUAGCUCAUAUGCUCACUUAUCGAUCUUCCUCCGCCCGACACAACGCGUCUGAAAAACCUCCUGUCAUCGUUGCCCGUAGCUGGACCGUCAUGUACGUCAUCAACACAUUCAUAGUCGUUUGGGUUUUGGUAGUUGGUUUCGGCUUUGGUGGUUGGGCUAGCAUGACUAAUUUCAUCAAACAAGUUGACACAUUCGGACUAUUUGCCAAGUGCUACCAAUGCCCUUCUAAGACGCCACCAGUGCCCACCGCGGCAGCUCAUCGUUGAUGAUGAGAUGUUUGAUGCUUUUUCUUUGUUAGAAUCCUUUGUUAUAUGUUAUAUUAUGUUGGUUUCAUCAAUAUAAACAAGGUCUAUAUUGUAGGGUUAUGUAUUCAUAUAUAACAUACACAUAUAUAUACAUAUUUGUAACAUAUGGUUGAAAUUUUCUAUCUUUCGGUUUAUGUUGUGAUCA